AUGGCGUCUCCCCAGCAGGGAAACGUCCAGCCGGCCGAGACCACGACCCCGGACCUUCCGCCCGAUGCCUCUGCGAAGCGUCGCUGGAGACGCAAUCGCAUAGCCUGCGACUCCUGCCACUCGCGCCGCGUGCGAUGCGACCGGCAGUUUCCCUGCUCGCGCUGUCUCCGCAGCGAAAUCCAUUGUGAAUUCACUCGCGAGCGCCGGAAACGCGGCCGAAUUGCACGAUCGAAAUUAGCCGAGAUGGAGCACAAUAAUACGAGCAGCAAAGUCGAGGAGCCGACGCCCUCAAAACGUCCGACCGAUCCUCUUUCUGUCGCAGCUAUUACAGAUGUCGAAGUCCCUCCUCCGCUUCAACAUGCCUCCCCGACGUCUACCUUUCAACACCGGUCGCCCGCGACGAAUGUUCCUACGGUGUCGGGCGCGAGUGUCGACGAGCGGCGGUCGCAGGCGGAUCUGCCGCCUGCUGUGCGAAGAGACAAUGGAGGGAAUAUGACAGAGGAGUGGCUAGCAGGGACACAUGUGUCGCCGAAUUCGUAUGAUUUCCUAGGCGGCGCAGGUCUCGGUGAUGGGCCGCUCCCUCGAAUGUUCGAUGUGUGGAAUGGGGUCGACCUAGCAGCAUACAGCGCUUCUGCGUCGCAGGGCUCAAAGGCCGGCAACGGGACCGCCGCGUCGGUCUCGUCGGCCCCUUUGAAGUACCCAGUCCUGCAGCCGUUGAUGCCGUUUGUUGAAACAGCCUUACCCCGGAAACUCGUUUUCGACCUGCUCGAUCUGUAUUUCACCAGCGCGUUCUCCACCCACAUGCACCCUGUCUGCCAUCAUAUCCACUGUUACGUUCUACGCAAAGCGUCGUUUCUCAGCAGGGAUUCUCCACGGCCUAGCAGUCCUGCCCUUAUGGCAAGUAUGCUUUGGGUGGCUGCCCUGGACGACAGGGCCUUUUCGCUGCCAAUCUCACCUCCUCAGCGGAAGAGGAUUUGCCAGUUUCUCUGUGCGUUGACAAUCCGCUUACUACGACCAUUGAUCCAUGUUUCGUUCAAAGAUCAGGGAGGGGCUGCCGCAGCGGUUGCAGCUGCUACAGCGGCAGCAACGAAUGAUCCAACAUUCGCUGGUCUCGGCCAGGAACUGCCUCCGACGACAGUACACCAUCCGUUCGAGGGAGGAGGCGAUGACCGCGGACUGGUCGGGCCAGCGGGAUCGCUAGAUGAUGUGAUUACCUACAUUCAUGUGGCUUCAAUCAUCUCGUCUAGCGAGCAAAAGGCCGCCAGUAUGCGAUGGUGGCACGCUGCCUUUACUCUGGCAAGAGAGCUCAAGCUCAACCAGGAGAUUGAGGUGAUGCCAAACUCAGACGCUCAGACCGACGCUUCGAGUCCACCCUUUGAGUGGUCGCUAGCUGGAUGGAAUGGAGCAGACCCCGGGCCUGUGUUUGACUAUUCGAAUCCCACACGGUCUAGCCUGAGAUGCGUCUGCGAUCGCGUUGAACCAAACGCUAUCACGGAAGAACAUCGCGAGGAACGGCGUCGCACAUGGUGGCUUCUCUAUAUCAUGGAUCGCCAUCUCGCGCUAUGCUAUAACCGACCCCUCGCCUUACUGGACGCCGAAAGCGAAGACCUUUUGCUACCGCUUGAUGAAGGGGCAUGGCAAUCGGGCAACAUCCACAGUAACAGUCCAAAGCCUGACGGGCCGCAAUGUCUUCUAUCCGGCGACAAGAACAAGCGCCGUCUUUUUCCCAACUUUAUUUGCCACGACCAUUCAAUAUUCGGCUUCUUCCUCCCCCUCAUGACCAUCACGGGCGAACUCAUCGACCUAAACCAGGCAAGGAACCAUCCUAUGCUUGGCACGCGACUACACGGCAAGGACGCGUGGAAUGUGCAUGUAAGCGAAGUUCUUCGCCAGCUCGAGAUCUACAAGGCUAGUCUCACUACGUUCGCCGCUACUGUAUCCGAUCCUGAAGCUCCCCUGUCCGCUGCUUAUGCGCACGCUGGGCCGGAUAAUUUGCCCCCUGAACCAUCUCUCUCGCAGGCCUACGCGUGGCACACGCAAACAGUCAUCUCAUAUGCGUCGUAUCUGGUGCAUGUGCUCCACAUUUUGCUCGUGGGCAAGUGGGACCCCGUGUCCCUGAUCGAAGACAAAGACUUUUGGACAUCAUCCCCGGCAUUUGCAUCGACGAUCUCCCAUGCGCUGGAAGCUGCGGACUCGGUCGACCAAAUUCUGCGAUUCGAUCCCGACAUUAGUUUCAUGCCUUACUUUUUCGGUAUCCAAUUACUCCAGGGGAGCUUCCUCCUGCUGCUGAUCGUUGAACGACUACAGAAGGAAGCCGGGGAAGGCAUUCUCAAUGCAUGCGAGGUGAUGAUCCGAGCGACCGAGUCCUGCGUGGUCACAUUGAACACUGAAUAUCAGCGAAACUUCCGGCAGGUCAUGCGCAGCGCGGUGGCCCAGGCGCGGGGAAGGCCGGUCAAUCACAGUGAGAUUCGACACCGACGCAAGGCCGUGCUAGCGCUCUACCGAUGGACAAGAAAGGGCACUGGAUUGGCCCUUUGA